CGGGUGCCGCUGCCGCCUCCCGCUCGCUUCCCCUCGCCCAGGGGGGAAAGGUCAGCAGCGUCCUGGAGCCGCCGUGUCACUCCCCGACAGCCAUGAACUGCAGCGAGAGCCAGCGGCUGCGCACCCUCCUCAGCCGCCUGCUGCUUGAGCUGCACCACCAGGGCAACGCCAGUGGACUGGGCGCCGGUCCUGGCCCGAGCAUGGGUAUGGGGGUCGGGCCCGACCCGUUCGUGGGCCGCGAGGCGACCAGCGCCAAGGGCGACGACGCCUAUCUCUACAUCCUGCUCAUCAUGAUCUUCUACGCCUGCCUGGCCGGGGGCCUCAUCCUGGCCUACACCCGCUCCCGCAAGCUCGUCGAGGCCAAGGACGAGCCGGCCCAGGCCUGCGCGGCGCACGAGUGGGCCGCCGCCGACGCCGAGACUGCGGCCGGCUCGCCGGCCCAGGGCCGCCGCCAGCUUGCCCCCGGGGCGCCGCCCGCCCCGGCCCAGGGCGCCGAGGGGGUCUAG